AUGUGCGAACUCGCAACGAUCGUGAGCUGUGGUCCCGUAUGGAAGUGGGAUACGAUCUCUUUGGUUUAUCCCACUGUCAUAUUUUGUCCGGGCUCGUUUCCAUUCCCUGCCUCUGGAUUUGGCGUUGAGAAGUGCUUUCUGAAGAUAGAUAUGAGCUCAGGUCCUUUUGGAGAUCGCACUGAAGCGGAAGCUGCAAGCAGGGAGCUGGAAAAUUAUUUAUUUGAAGACGGUUUCGCCAAUUCGCUCAUCGAAUUGCUGAAAUUCCUCACUUCCAUGCCACCAAAUCUUCGUCCAGCACGGAUCACUGAAUUUCUGCUGAAGGAGUUUGGUAUUCUUGAACAGAACGGUAAUGCUGAUGCUAUGCAAGAUAUUCUACAUAAAGCGAGAACGGAGCUUGAGCAAGGUGUAUUGGAGAAUAGUAGGUUGAAAGUUCGUGUCCAAGAACUCUAUGAAAUGUGGCAGAAACACGAUCAGACCGUAAACGCGGAAGGCGCGAAUACGAAACAUAUUUGCAGUUACGAUUCAGACGGUCGUGAUUGUUUGUGA